GGCGUGCGUCAUACGUCAGACCCACUUAAACGAUCGUGAGCACGCUGAUGUUGGUGUCGGCGGUGGUUGUCCCUUCCUUCUGCUAACGCACAGGGAACACACUUCAAGGAUCAAGAUGUUUUUGUCUGCGGCUGUUCGUUCUGUAGUAUCGCAGACGGCCAGGCAGGUCAGAAGUCUGCAUCAGUCUGCUGCACGAGCUGGAGCUGGUGGCAUCUUUGUGCACAGAGAUACACCCGACAACAACCCAGAUACUCCCUUUGAGUUCACAGAGGAGAACAAAAAGAGGAUCGAGGCAAUUAUUUCAAACUACCCUGAUGGACACAAGCAAGCAGCCACCAUCCCAGUCUUGGAUUUAGCCCAGAGGCAACAUGGAUGGCUACCCAUCUCUGCCAUGAACAAGGUUGCGGAGGUGCUGGAAAUCCCUCCUAUGAGAGUGUAUGAAGUAGCAACAUUUUAUACAAUGUUCCUGCGUCAGCCUGUGGGAAAAUACUUCAUUCAGGUCUGCACAACAACACCCUGCAUGCUCUGCAACUCAGACAGCAUCGUGGAGGCCAUCCAAAAAAAACUGGGUAUCAAGGUUGGAGAGACAACACCCGACAAAAUGUUUACCAUGAUAGAAGUUGAAUGCCUCGGCGCCUGUGUGAACGCUCCAAUGGUCCAGAUCAAUGACAACUAUUAUGAGGACCUAACACCAAAGGAUAUUGAGGAUAUUAUUGAUGAACUUAAAGCCGGCAGGGUCCCACCGCCUGGGCCCAGGAGUGGGCGUUUCUCGUGUGAGCCUGCAGGAGGAUUAACUUCUCUCACAGGGCCUCCUCCAGGUCCAGGCUUUGGUGUACGAUCUGACCUGUAGACAUUUUCAGCCACAUUUGUUUUUCUUUGCAAAAGCAACUUGUCUCAGAACCUAUGCUCAAUUUAAACAUAUUGUGUAAAUAAAUUCUUAUAUCUGUGCGAUUA